AUGGAAGGCACCAUAAAUUCUCGCAUUGGCCCUGUUAUCUCACCCCACAUCUACAAAGUCCCUAGCAUAUCCGUCUUUCUUGAUACUCAUGUAAUCUAUAUGCUUAGUGAUAGCAUCGAGCCUUUUCAUUCAUUAUGCUCAGUAGAAAACGGUGAUCUCAUUGGUCAACAAAGUGCAACGCUCCGAUGUGAAAUUCAAGUUUCAUUGCGCCCUGGCUCUAAAACCAUCUCUAGUGCGUCAUGUGACAUUAAUUGUGCCAAUGAAUCUGAGUGCGCUUCUCGGAUCUAUCUGGAUUUUCACAAACUUAAGCUUCUGAACUCCGAAUCUGAAUGUAUUCCUCUCACCGUUAAAUAUAAUGUGACUGCUCUAGGAAUUAAUAGUGGCCAACCUCUUAGGCAUGUUCUCGCACAAAUUGUUAAUCCAAGUGACUUUCUUCAGCCUGUGUAUCUUUAUCGUCGUCAGGAUGUGAUUUGGAACAAUUAUAAAGUUGGGGAUACAAUUGUAUUAAGAAUGGGCGCUCCGCAACUAAGCUCCGAACUGAGCUUCUUUCUCUAUUUUGAGGUCAAUUCCACAUUAAAUAUAGAAACUGCAAAAUUUGAGUAA